AUGCAGUCUCAGGGGUUCAAAUUCAAGUUCAGCAGAGCAAGCCCUGCAGACAUGCGAAUAGGUUCUUCAGGACUGCCAAAGUCUCCUUCUGUGUGCCAAAUUCGUUUUUUUGGCUGCUGCCAGCAUCAGGACACCAGUUGGACAAGCACAGAUUAUCCAGUUGUGCCGGACGUGGUUGAGAGACCUCACUCGGAUGACAAGCUGCGCGACUUGGUGGAUGCAUCUGAUGCAUCUGGCCAGGUGCGCUGGAAUGCUUCACAUGCAGUAGUGCCAGGUUCUGUGAUCAUCUUCAUCACACCAUAUCACGCGCAUCAUUCGCGCACGUAUCUCUCUAGCAACACACGAAAGCACAAUCCCUGCUGA